GACUCGUUAAAGUAAACUGUCCUGCCUUGAUUGAUCCACAUUGUUGACUGCAGUAAGUAUCAGUUGGACCGGAGUCUGGUUUACUGCAUUGAAAUGACGAAAGAGAAAAAAUCACCAGCUACCUAUUCCAAGCCUUGAAACAGAGCAGCACGUAAAAUGCCACUUGAACGUCAACCUCCACCUAUUGCCAAUGAAAUUGCUGAUGGCAUUGGUUUGACUCCAAUGGUCAGACUCGCUCAUCCAAACAAAGUUCAAUUGCUUGGAAAACUGGAGUUGGCGAAUCCCACCGGCAGCGUUAAGGAUCGCAUCGCCAAGCAUUUACUCGAAGCGUACGGUGACAAGCAAACAUUGAUUAUUCCCACUUCGGGUAACCUGGGCUUGGCUAUUGCUAGUCUUGCCGCGAAAAAACGAAAGCAACAACAUAAACGUGUAUUGACGAUUGUGCCAGAACGUACUUCCAACGAUCGUAUUCAGAUGCUUAAAGCGCUAGGCGCAGAAAUCAUCCGAUCACCCAAUGAAGCGCGUCCCGAUGCUCCCGAAAGUCCAUAUGCUCUGGCAGCCAAAUUGGCAGAACAGUUGCCUAACGCGAUUGUCUUGGACGAAACCAAGGUGACCAAAAACUGCUAUGAGGAUUUGGCAGAAGAAAUCCUGCAGCAAACCAAGUUGGAGUUUGACUUUUUGUUUGUCGGUGCGGAAUCGGGUGCUACUGUCUCAGGUCUCGCUAAAGUGUUGAAGGCCAAGAUGCCAAAUAUCAAGAUCAUGGGCGUUGAACCAGCUAAUUCGGUGCUUGCUAGCACGGAUAAUAAGCAUCAGCAUCAUUUCUUGGACUGGAGAAUCGAAGAUAUAGGCAACAACUUUGUCCCACAAUCACUAGAUAGAGGUGCUGUCGAUACAUGGUUCAAGGUAUCUGACCGGGACGCAUUUUCUGCUGCACGUCGAUUGAUCCGUAACGAAGGCAUCAUGUGUGGUCCUUCAUCUGGCGCAGUAGUUGCUGCAGCAAUACAACAUGCCAACACAAUGGAGCAAAACCCAACCACGCACGAGUACAGAAGCGUAGUCAUCUUGAACGACAGUGCAAAGAACUACACCUCAACAUUGCUCAAUGACGAGUGGUUGUUGGAAAACAACUUGGCCGACGAUAUCAUUGCUCAAGAACUAGAGUUCUUGUCUACGGAUCGGUACCGCGCAGCCAGUGUGGAAGAUUUGCAGCUACCUGCUGCGGUCACUAUCCCUCCUACUGCAACCGCCUCUUAUGCGCUUGACGUGAUGCUCGAACGCGAAUUCUCACAGCUUCCUGUUAUUCGAACAGAUAACAAAAAACUGGUUGGUUACGUAUCAUUAGCAUCGCUUCAGGAAUGUUUCGAGCACGGGACGAUCCAGCCAAACACUGCUGUGGAACUGUGCAUGUUUUCAUUUAAAAAGAAGGGUAGUAGUACUAGCAAGUACCAAAUUAUUACACCCGAUACCAGCUUGGCUGAUCUCGCCAAAUUCUUUGAUAAGAAUUCAUUCGCAGUUGUAACGGAUAUCAAUCGAAAAUGGUGUCUUGGUGUAGCCACCAAGUAUGAUUUAAUUAGCUUUUUGAAUCGUCGACAAUUCAUGUAAUUUUUUUCUUUAUUCUUUAUUUACAUACAUCUAAGCAAAAGUUUAUCAUCUCUCUACAUAUUGAACCAACAACGAACAAAAAAAAAAGAAGUACGCAU